GCAGUGAGAUGCAGCUGUUUCAGAUUUUUAGGUUAGAGAUUCAAAAGAAUCGUGAUUUUGUAGUUUUUAUCACAAUAUUAUUCAAGUUUAAUAGUGUUUUAUAUGCUAAUUACCUGAACUUUGAACUAUUAUAAUUGUUUGAGUUAUUCGGCACAGGUUUCUGAGUAAUUUUCCAUUCAGUUUUUCAUUGUAAACGGACUAUUAGACACCGAAAAAAUGUUGAAAAAUAUUGUCGGUCUUGUAUCGGGUGGUGCUUCUGGACUAGGAAAAGCUACAGUGGAAAGAAUCAUCUCUCAAGGAGGUAAAGCUAUUCUCUGUGAUCUUCCCACAUCUCAAGGAGCUCAAGUUGCCCAAGAACUCGGUAAUAACGUAAUUUUCUGUCCCGUGAACGUUACCAGUACAGAGGAAGUUCAAAACGCAGUCAACCUAACAAAGGAGAAGUUUGGAAAACUAAAUUUGUUAGUAAACUGCGCCGGUGUUGGAGUAGCAUUUAAAACCUACAACUUCAACAAGAAGGUUCCCCACAGUUUGGAAGAUUUUUCACGACUUAUGAAUGUUAAUGUGACCGGUACUUUCAAUGUUAUACGUUUAGCGGUGGGAUUAAUGGGUGAAAACGAACCGAACCAAGAUGGCUGCCGCGGUGUCAUCGUAAAUACCUCCAGCAUCGCAGCGUUCGAUGGACAGAUUGGGCAAGUAGCUUAUGCUGCAACCAAAGGUGCAAUUGCUAGUAUGACUCUUCCCUUGGCUAGAGACUUUUCCACGCAGGGAAUCAGGGUUUGCACCAUUGCUCCCGGGCUAUUUGACACACCUCUGCUGUCCUCACUUCCUGAUAAAGUCAAGGCAUAUCUGCACAAAUGUGUUCCACAUCCUCAAAGAUUUGGCAAGCCUGAAGAGUUUGCUAUGCUGGUGCAAUCGAUAGUUGAGAAUCCAAUGUUGAAUGGUGAGAUCAUCAGGUUAGAUGGGGCCCUCAGAAUGCAGCCUUAAUUCAACCUACCAAAUAUUGAAUUUUUUAGAUGAACUUAGCUUAAAUAGAAGAAAACUAAAAAAAGGUGUUACUGAUGAACUAUACACAAAUUGUAAUUAAUGUACGCUUCUCUCUAAUUUGCUAUAUGUACUCUACCCAAGAUUUACUUGAAUUCAUCAUAAUUUAGUUGAUUGAAGAAGGGUACCAUAGUAAUUAUCUUUAUUUGAAUGGGUACUCUACCCAGGACUUACUUAAUUUCUUCAUAAUUUAGUUGAUUGAAUUAGGGAGGGUAAAAUGGUAAUUAUUUCUGAGUGAAAAUGUUUAUCACAUACCAAUAAACUUUAUAUUGUUUAUAGAAAA